AUGGCACCCAGGAAGAAUGGACCUUCGAAGCGGAAUGCAGUUGUCAGCAGCAGUAGCGCUAAUAGCAGAGGAGCAGAGCUCUCCAGCCAAUCUGCUUCAUCUUCCUCCGCGCCGGCCACCGCCAGAAGAAGCUCCCGUCGACAAGCCAACAUAACCUCGUCAGCCUUGACACAAAACGCCACCAAAUCAAUUUCUGACUCAGUUGACGACAGGAACAUAUCCGAGGAUGAUAGCGACUUUCAGAGUAAUUCGACUAGUGGUCCCUCUAUUAUGAAGGGUUCGAUUGGCAAGACAUCUGGCAGUAAACGAAGCGUGUUGUGGAAGACUACACCAGUGACACCUAAGAAGCAGAAACAGGAAGAGGAGGAUGAUCUGUUGGAGGUGGACGAUGGUGCGAUAGACAUGGAUCAGGACAACGACGAACAGCAACAGGAGAGCGACCAUGAUGCCGCGGAUUCUGGGUUGGAUGAUGUGGGCGAUCCUGAAUUCAACCCAGACUACUACAGCAGCGAUGACGACCAAGAGUGGGUCGAAGUUCCCGUCCCAGACGUUUUACCACAGCAGGAGGCGGCAGCAGAUGAUUAUGACGAGGAAGAAGAGAUGUCAGGACCAUGGCAGUAUAACGCCGUAGAGAUCGUAUUUGACAAACCGCCAGAGGACGUCAAAAAGACGCCGGGUCGAGGAAUCACCAAGGAGGAACGCAUGAUCCGAGUUUUGAUCCACCAAACUCAUCUUCUCUGCCUUGUUGCGAGCGGACUUUGUCGAAACCGCUGGAUCAACAGCCCAAAGAUGCACACUGUCGCCUUGUCUUUGGUCCCUGGGCAUAUAGCCUCAUCAGUGCAGAUGGCCCAUGACAAUCCCAUCCGAGAGGUGAAUGCUUUGCAAGUCUUGACUCUCUGGUGGAAGGACUCCUUUGUCGUCACAGGGCCAGGCAUCGAGAGUGUUCCGUAUACAGAUAUUGAUGUUGUUGGUGUCGAGGCGGCGAUGCCGGCAAACAGAGGAGAGAGCUUCAAAACACGCAAGAGCCUUCAGAGGCGACUGUUGAACAGGCAUGGGUCGACUGACGUUUGCUCGCAGCUGUUCACUGCUAUCUGCCGCUCCUUGGGUCUGAAGGCCAGGUUGGUGGAGUCCUUGCAGGCUUGCACAUUCAAAGUUACCCUGCCCAAGGACGAAAUGGUCAAUUCUGGAGCAGAGGCGUCAACAAAUACCACGGGCUCUAACAAGAAAGGGAAGAAGAAGAAGGAGGCGAUAUUAGACGAGAGCGACACUACACGCGGAUCGCGACAGGUGAUCUCGACACCUCACCGAUUGCCAAAGAAACCCAAAUUACCGCCACACAACAAACUUGCAGAUCCGCCUGUCUUUUGGACAGAAGUUUAUGCGGAGGUAAACCAGAAAUGGGUUACCAUUGAUCCAGUACGUGGCGUUGUGAACAGCCCACUGAAAAUGCAUCCAGCAGCUUCGUGCGCCACCAAUAAUUUAGCCUAUGUUGUCGCAUACGACGAAGACAACUAUGUUACGGAUGUCACUCGGCGGUACACGAGCCAGUGGACAACUGUUACCAAGAAACUCCGCGUUCAGCCUGUUGGUCCAACCGGAUUCGAUUGGUGGGCACAGACCAUGGCAGGUUUGGCAAACCCGUUGCCCUCAGUCGAGAAGGACAUCGAAGAAGCUGAACUGCAGCAAGCUGAGGCCUCUGAACGGAUGCCUACCAAACUCAGUGAUUUCAACAACCAUCCUAUCUACGCAUUAGAGAGACAUCUGAAGAAGUUUGAGGUCCUGCAUCCAAAGCUUCCUGUUCUUGGGCAUAUCCGUGGAGAGGCCAUCUACCCUCGGAGCUGCGUCAAACAAGUCCGAUCCAAAGAGAACUGGCUGAAGCGAGCUCGUCAGAUCAAGAGCAGUCAAGUCGUCCCUAUCAAGUGGAUCAAGUCGCGUCCUGCGACCAUCUUUCAGAUGCGACUGCAGCAACAAGCGGCGCUCGCAGGUGGGAACAAGACGGAGACGGAUGAUGAUCAAGGAGAGGCAUCGGGGCGGGGCAUUGGUCGAGUUGCAAGACAGUUGGGUGUUGAUUUUGUUGAGGCUGUGACUGGAUUUGAAUUCCAAUCGAGAAGAUCGGUGCCAGUGAUUCAGGGAAUCAUUGUUCCUACCGAGAGUGCCGAGCUGGUGAUGGAUGCAUAUCGCGAGGUGACCCAUCAUGCGGAUCAAGAGGCGCACAAGAAGAAGCGGACGGAGGUGCUUCGACGCUGGCGUAAACUGAUCAAAGGCGUUGUUUUGCGGUCUCGGUUGAUGGAGGAGUAUGGCGAGGAUAUGGCGGUGGACGAGGACGAUGAGAAAGAUAGUUGGAUCCCUCCUGAGGAUGAUGACGACGAUGAUGAAGUUGGUCAACCCCAUGAUAUGCCUUCUUCGUCGACAACAGGUAGCAUCAGUACAGCAGCGAGAAAGCGUCGCCUAGUCGAUGGUGGUAGUAAGGGAGAGGGAGAAGAACCAGAAGGUCGGCCAGAACCGACUCAGGCUCACGUGGAGGCAGAUUCUGGCGGUGGUUUCUUGUUUGAUUGA